AUGUCUGCCAGCUUCGAGGAUAUCGCUAAGCAAUUCAUUGAAUUCUACUACCAGCAGUUCGACACGGACCGCAAGAGCCUCUCCUCUCUCUACCGCGAGCAGUCUAUGCUGACUUUCGAGUCCGCCUCCGUUCUCGGUGCCACCGCCAUUGUUGAGAAGCUCACUUCUCUUCCUUUCGAGAAGGUUAAGCACCAGGUCUCUACCCUCGAUGCCCAGCCAAGCAUGGUCGAGGGUGGCGUCGUCAUCCUCGUCACCGGACAGCUUCUUGUCGAUGAGGAGCAGCGCCCCAUGAACUACACUCAGGCUUUCCAGCUUGCCCGUGAUGCCGCCAACGGCCAGUACUUUGUCUUCAACGACGUCUUCAAGCUAGUCUAUGGUUAG